GUUGUGUAGCUGGUGGUGUUGUGUAGCUGGUGGUGUUGUGUAGCUGGUGUCAGUGUGUGUCUGUAGUCCAGCGAGUUGAAUCUCUUCAGGAAUUCAGUAGUUUAGUUUAUUUUAGUUUCCUCCGGAGAGGAACCGACUAACCGCUGGAACCACUGGAACCGCUGGAACUAGAGUCUCCCGGUGCUGAACCGGAGGAUGUUCCGUUAACGUGGAUCCUCUGAGAGCAGAACCACCGACACAUCCUCUCACUGACCCGGUUCGGUUCAGUUCUGAGCUGCGAGGCGAGCUGAGGAGCUACCUGACUGUUAGAGACAGGUAACACCGGGACACUACCGGGGACACCGGGACACCUCACUGGGACAGCAGCCGGUACCUCCCGGUAACCUCCCGGCCUGGUCACAAUCAGGUGUGGGUGGUGACAUCAGCAGCGCUCUCAGGGACACGCCCCCUACCUCCCAGGAGGAGGAGGAGGAGGAGGAAGAGGAGGAGGUGUGGCUCCAGGGUGAGGCGAGGAGGAUUAGCUCCGCCCCCUCACCAUGACGGACUUGGAGGCUGAUUGUUUGAGUCUCGGCCUGCCCCCCGAGUGCGGCUCCCCUCCGCCGCCUCUGGACGCCACCCUGCAGGCGGACUGCGGCGCGGGGCCCGACUGCCCCACGCCCACGCUCGGCUCGCUGACGGCGGAGAUCGCCGAGCCGCUGGUGAUGCUGCCGUGCGUGAAGAGCGAGCCGGAGGACGGAGACCUGGACCCCAUCCGGACCGUGGACCUGUCGGAGAUCCAGCCGCUGUCCACCGCCGAGCUGGGCCAGGACCAGAUCAAGAUGGAGAUCAGCGGCCUCGACUACAUCAAGUCGGAGCAUCACGGUCACCACGGCGACCACCACCUGGGCCACUUCCACCACGGCGACGUCACAGAGCUGGACUACAAGUCGCACUACGAGCCCAGCUCUGUGUUUGACUACAUCUCCCAGGUGACGGACACUCUGGAGUACAUCAAGUCGGACCACCAUGUGGACCUGCAGUGUUACUACACCGCCGAGCUGAGCUCCCUGAAGUGCGAGUACCCAGAAUCCAACACCAUGUCCACCCACCUGCAGCACAACAGCCUGGAGUCCAUCCACAUGGCUGAGCUCCGCACCGAGCUCAACAAGCUGCGACCCGACCCCCUGCUGAUGGACGGCGUCGGCAAAACUGAGCCCGAGUUCGGAGGGGGGGCGCUGUACGAGCUGCAGCCGGCGGAGGCGGCGGCCGGGCAGGGAGGAGGCGGCGGCGGAGCGACGACCAAAACCCAGAGCCCGACGGUGAGGAAACCUCGCAACAUGCAGGGGGAGAAACCUUUCUCCUGCACGCAGUGCGGCAAGAACUUCAGCACGCUGGGGAACCUGAAAACACACCAGCGCAUCCACACCGGCGAGCGGCCCUACACCUGCUCGCAGUGCGGCAAGAGCUUCGGCCAGGCGGGGAACCUCAAACGACACCAGCUGAUCCACACGGGCCAGAAGCCGUAUGUGUGCGCUCACUGUCCCAAAGGCUUCACCAAGGCCGACGACCUGCGAUCGCACCAGCGGCUGCACACCGGCGAGCGCCCCUUCAUCUGCGUCACCUGUGGGAAGAGCUUCGGCCAAUCGAAAGAGCUGAAGGCUCACCAGCUGAGCCACACGGGCGAGAGGCCGUACUGCUGCCAGCACUGCGGCAAGAGCUUCACCAAGGAGGCCAGCUACCGCAACCACGUCCAGAUCCACACGGGCGAGAAGCCCUUCACCUGCUCGCAGUGCGGCAAGACUUUCAGCAACUCUGGCGUGUUAAAAACCCACGAGAAGAUCCACUCUGGCGAGCGGCCGUUCGGCUGCACGCAGUGCGGGAAGAGCUUCGGCCGCCUCGGACACCUGAAGGCUCACCAGCAGAUCCACACGGGGGAGCGGCCGUUCUCCUGCCCCCACUGUGGGAAGACUUUCAGCCAGUCGGGUCACCUCAAAGCUCACGAGCAGAUCCACAAACGAGAGCGCGGGGAUACGGCGAGCACCAGCAGCUCCUCGUCCUCCUCAUCGUCCUCCAGCAGCAGCGGCGACGGCGGCUGCAGCAGCGUGGGCAGCGACAGCAGCUAAAAGAAACUCAGCACCCUUUAACCUCUCGGAAAAACAAAGUAUUAUUACUCUUUUUUAUAAAUACUAUAUAUAAAGUUUUUUCCUUUUCUUA